CCAGGUGACGGGGAAGCUGUUCCGAGGGGACAUGCCCUUCGGGAUGGACCUGGCGGCCAUCAACAUGCAGCGCGGGCGGGACCAUGGCCUGGCGCCCUACAACCGCGUGCGGAUGGCCUGCGGCUUGCCACUCAUCACGAAGUUCAAGCAACUCCGAGGCGUGAUGGACAAGGGCGUCGUGAAGAGUCUUAGGAGAGUUUACAGACACGUAGACGACAUCGACCUGUUCAUCGGCGGGCUGGCGGAAACCCCGGUUAAAGGAGGCCUCGUCGGCCCCACCUUCGCCUGCAUCCUCGCCGACCAGUUCCUCAGGCUCAAGGUUGGGGACAGGUACUGGUACGAGACGAAUAACCCCGACACGCAGUUCGAGACAGCGCAGCUCAAGGUUAUUCGCAAAACGACCUUGGCAAGUAUCAUGUGCAGCGUCAUUCCCGAGCUGAUGGAGGUACAGCUGUGGCCCUUCAAGUUGGUGUCCAGGAAAAACCCGAUGGUGCCUUGUUCCUCCUUCAAGAAAAUGAAUCUGAAACCUUGGAAGGAAUGAAAGAAGAUCAAUGGGAAGGAUUAAGAAGAAGAAUAUUUAUAUAUCUUGGAAUUUACACCUCCUUUUAGACCGAGGCAUGGAAACUUUCAAUUCCAUUUUGCU